AUGGCUUACAAUCUUCAACCUCUCAUCGCCAUUCUUGAAGGAAUCCUUGAUCCUGACCAAUCACGACGGAUUGUCGAUGAAAACAACCCUCAACGUCAAUCCCUUUACAACAAAGCUACUUGUUUUCAAAAGCUCCUUGAUAAAUCUUCACUCACCAAGCUAGACAGCCAAAUAAGAGAAGUAGCACAUCAAGCUGAAGACAUCAUUGAAUCCCACAUGGUUAAUCAUAUGCUCUCUGGAUCUAAUUGUGUGAGAUUCACUCUUUCCACACCAGAUCUACAACAAGUAACGCGUGAACUAGAUUCUGUUAUGGAACAAGCGGAGAAGCUCAUGGAGAUGGAGGAUAAGAAACUUGAUUCUGCUGUGCAGAUGGAGGAUAAUAAGAUGCAGUCUAGCAGUUCAUCAUUCGGUGUUGUGAUAGGAAUUGAUGAAGAUCUGAUGCAGCUCAAGGAUCGGCUGAUCGGUCUGCAGCAGAAAAAGCUGGAGAUCGUUCCCAUCGUUGGCAUGCGUGGAGUAGGGAAAACCACUCUUUCUCGAAAGCUUUACGAAGAUCCUUUGAUUGUUGAUCACUUUGCAUAUCGUGCUUGGGCCACUAUCUCACAAGAUUACAAUAUGCGGAAAAUUCUCAAAAGCCUUCUUCGUUGCAUAACUGGAAAAGAAUGUGAACAACCUUCUGAUGAGUUAAAAGAUAUGUUGUAUAAGAGCUUAUUCGGUAGAAAAUACUUGAUUGUGUUAGAUGAUAUAUGGAGUACGAAAUUCUGGGAUGAGAUGAGGAUGUAUUUCCCAGAUAACAACAACGGGAGUCGCAUUGUGAUCACCACUAGGGAAUCUGAUGUGGCGAACUAUGCUGACUCUUCGAGAUCGCAGCAUCAAGUGCAACUGCUUAGCGAGUCUGUAAGUUGGAAUCUACUUCACCAACUUGCGUUUGGAGAAGAGGAGUGCCCUCUUGUAUUACAAGAGAUUGGUCGAAAGAUCGCCAAGGAUUGCGGUGGGCUUCCUCUUGCCAUAAGUGUGAUUGGAGGGCUACUAUCUAAGAUGGAAAGAUCAGAAGAUGUUUGGAGAAAAAUUGGGGACAAUGUUAUAGCAGCAAUUUCUGGAUCAGAUGAGCGAUGCAAUAACUCAAAUAUAUGUGGAUUGCAGAAGGAUUUGUAA